UGAGAUGACAAAAUCUUCACCUUUGAAGCAAGACAGAUGUGGACAGUCCCCUCAGGCAGCACAAGAGAAAUCUCCCUCCAGGAGAAGUGAAUCCAGACAAUCUCCUGAACUAAAUGGCAAAUCCAAAACUCCUCCAAAGCAAAAGAAAUUCCAAGAAGUUAAAACAAAAUCCGGAUCUUCUCCAGGGCCCAAAAAAUCCAGUCCUAUGGCAGUAAUGGAAAGUACUUCACUUCCAUGCCAAAAGAGUAAAUCAGGUUCAUCUCUCUCUGGAAAAGAAAAAUUGCAAUCUUCCUCAAAACAAAUGCCGCCUGAGUCUUCACCAGUACUUAAAAAAACAGAUAUUCCAUCAAGGCGAAGUAGAUCUGGAUCUUCCUCUUCGUCGUCUUCCUCCUCCUCUUCUUCCUCCUCCUCCUCUUCUUCCUCUUCUACUUCUUCAUCAACAUCUCCAGAAGAUGAUAAAUCUCACUCACCUCCCAGACUUAGUUGUUCUGCGGGACUGUCAAUCAACAAGAAUAAAUCAGUUUCAUCCCCAACGCAUGGCAAAGCAUCUUCUUCAGAACCAGAAAACAGCACAUUUGCAAUGGUUACAAAGUACAAUAGACUAGGAUCUGCUCCGGAAAUAAGAGAAACUUCUAAAGCUGCAGUGAUGGUGCCCAGAUCACCUUUAGAGAAGAAAGAGGCAUUUAAAGAGGCAUCUCGAAGAAGUAGACCAGGUUGUUAUUCUGGGACUAAAGAGAACCGAAAAAUGCACUCUAGUGAGAGCAGUUCAGAUUUUUCCCCAGAAUGGAAAGAGAAAUCUGAGAGCAGAUCUGUGUCGCCACUCAGACCAAGAAUAAAAUCAAAAACACCUCCAAGAUGCAGAACAUCAAGGUCACCACCUAGAUCUAGACCAAACUCCAGAACACCAAGACCUAAGUUGAAGUCCAGAACUCUUCCAAGACGACGUAGAUCUGGCUCAUCUCCUAGACCCAGAAUAAAGUCUAGAACACCUCCCAGACGACGUAGAUCUGGGUCAUCCCCAAGGUCACAAAUAAAAUCCAGAACACCAC